AUGGAACUGUUAACAAAGGGUACCAAAUUAUGGUACCCAAAUCAAAAUGAUGGUUUCACUCCAACAUCUAUAAAAUCAAUUAAACAAGUAGAUGAUAAGUAUCAUGUUGAAUUACAAUCUGAAAACGAUGAUACAAUUUAUACCAUGGAAAUUAAUGGUAUUGAUGAUGUUCAAUUUAGAAAUCCUUUAGGUAUGGAUGCUUCUGAGGAUUUAACAAGUUUAUCAUUUUUAAAUGAAGCAAGUAUUUUACAUUCUAUUAAAGUCAGAUUUCAGCAAUUAAAUAUUUACACAUAUUCUGGUAUAGUUUUAAUUGCCACUAAUCCUUUUCAAUCAGUUGAUUCUUUAUAUAGUCCAGAUAUGGUACAAGCAUAUUCAGGUAAAGCAAAAGGAGAAUUAGAACCACAUUUAUUUGCAAUUGCUGAAGAUGCUUACGCAUCAAUGAAAUCAAAUGGUGAAAAUCAAACUAUAAUUGUUUCUGGUGAAUCAGGUGCAGGUAAAACAGUUUCUGCUAAAUUUAUAAUGAGAUAUUUUGCUUCAGUUGAAGAAGAAUCUGAAUUGGAGCAAAAUUUAGGUACUAGCCACAAAUCAGAUAUGUCGGAAGUUGAAACUCAAAUAUUAGCAACAAAUCCAAUUUUGGAAUCUUUUGGUAAUGCAAAAACUACAAGAAAUGAUAAUUCAUCAAGAUUUGGUAAAUAUUUAGAAAUUUUAUUUGAUAACGAAACUUCAAUUAUUGGUGCUAGAAUAAGAACUUAUUUAUUAGAAAGAUCAAGAUUAGUAUUUCAACCACAAACUGAAAGAAAUUAUCAUAUUUUUUAUCAAUUAUUAGCUGGAUUAGAACCUGAAACAAAGAAGAAAUUAAAUUUAUUAACUGCUGAUGAUUAUAAAUAUACAAAUCAAGGUGGUAUGUCUAAAAUUGAAGGUGUUGAUGAUGCAAAAGAUUUCUACAUAACAAGAGAUUCUUUAGAAUUGAUUGGAAUAGAUUUGAAAAAACAAUUGGAAAUUUAUAAAAUAUUAGCUGCAUUAUUACACAUUGGUAAUAUUGAAAUUGCACCAACAAGAAAUUCAGCAAAUUUAUCAAGUGAUGAACCAAAUUUAGUUAAAGCUUGUGAAUUAUUAGGUAUUGAUCCAGUCUUGUUUGCCAAAUGGUGUGUUAAAAAGCAAAUUACAACAAGAUCUGAAAAAAUUACUAGUGAUUUGAAUCAUAAACAAGCUGUAGUUGCAAGAGAUUCAUUUGCUAAAUAUAUUUAUUCUGCAUUAUUUGAUUGGUUAGUUGAUUAUGUCAAUAGUGAUUUAUGUCCUGAUGAAGUUGCAGCAAAAGUAAAAUCUUUUAUUGGUGUUUUAGAUAUUUAUGGUUUUGAACAUUUUGAUAAAAAUUCAUUUGAACAAUUUUGUAUUAAUUAUGCUAAUGAAAAAUUACAACAAGAAUUUAAUCAACAUGUUUUUAAAUUAGAACAAGAAGAAUAUAUAAAAGAACAAAUUGAAUGGAGUUUUAUAGAUUUUGCUGAUAAUCAACCAUGUAUUGAUUUAAUUGAAAAUAGAUUAGGUAUACUAGCAUUAUUAGAUGAAGAAUCAAGAUUACCAUCAGGUAAUGAUGUAUCGUGGAUUGAAAAAAUGUAUCAAAAUUUAAGUAAAGCUCCAACUGAUAAGGUUUUUAAAAAACCAAGAUUUGGUCAAACUAAAUUUGUUGUUAGUCAUUAUGCAUUAGAUGUUACUUAUGAUAUGGAUGGUUUUAUAGAAAAAAAUAGAGAUACUGUUGGUGAAGGACAUUUAGAUGUUAUGAAAAAUACAACUAAUCCAUUACUUAAAUCUAUUUUGGAUAUAAUUGAUAAAAAUUCAGCAACUGUAGAACCCAAACCAGGUAAAAUUGCCAAUAAAAAGCCAACAUUAGGUUCAAUGUUUAAAAAUUCACUUAUUGAAUUGAUGAAGACUAUAAAUUCAACAAAUGUUCAUUAUAUAAGAUGUAUUAAACCAAAUGAAGAAAAGAAAGCUUGGGAAUUUAAUUCAUUAAUGGUUUUAUCACAAUUAAGAGCAUGUGGUGUUUUAGAAACUAUUAGAAUAUCUUGUGCUGGUUUCCCUUCAAGAUGGACAUAUGUUGAAUUUGCUGAUAGGUAUCAUAUAUUAGUUCCUUCAAAUGAUUGGAUUAAAGUUAUGUCAGGAGAAACAACUCAAGAAUCUGUUAGUGAAUUGUGUAAUCAAAUAUUAACCAGAAAUAUUCAAGAUAAACAAAAAUAUCAAUUAGGUAAUAGUAAAAUUUUCUUUAAAGCUGGUAUGUUGGCAUAUUUUGAAAAAUUAAGAUCUGAUAAAUUAUAUCAAUCAGCUGUAAUGAUUCAAAAGAAUAUGAGAAGAAGAUUUUAUAGAAAGAAAUAUAUUGAAACAAGAAAUUCACAUAUUAAAUUACAAGGUUUGAUACGUGGUUAUAUAAAGAGAAGACAAGUUAAAGAAGCACAAGAAAAAGAAGCUGCAACUUUAAUCCAAACAUCUAUAAGAGGUUAUUUAGCAAGAAAGCAAUAUGCAGAUACAUUAAAUUCAGUUAUAAUAUUACAAAAAUCAAUAAGAGGCUUGCAAGCAAGAAAGAAUUUUGCAUCAUUACGUACUGAAAAAUCAGUAACUACUAUCCAAAAAUCAAUUAGAGGUUAUCAAGCACGAAAAGAUUUUAAUAAAACUAGAAAUUCAGCUGUUAUUAUACAGUCUGCAUUUAGAAGACAAUAUGCUAUACGAGAAUUGAAACAAUUAAAAGUUGAAGCCAAAUCUGUUAAUAAAUUAAAAGAAGUUUCAUAUAAAUUGGAAAAUAAAGUUAUUGAUUUAACUCAAUCAUUAACCGCUAAAAUACAAGAUAAUAAAAAAUUAAUGGAAGAAAUUACCAAUUUAAAAGCUUUAUUAGAACAACAAGGUCAAGCUCAUGAAACUUUAAAAUCUAAAGAAGUUGAAUUUAAUGAACGUUUUGAUUCUAAAAAUGUUGAACAUCAACAUGAAGUUGAAAAAUUAAAUCAAGAAUUGGCUGCUAUUAAAUCUGAAUAUGCAUCUGCUGAAGCUAAAAUACAACAAUUAUCAAAAGAACAAGCUGAAUUAAAACAAGAAGUACAAAGAAAUAUUGAAGAAUUAAAUCAAACCAAGAAUGAUUUAGUUAAACGUGAUACAAUUGAAGUUGAUUUGAAAACUCAUAUUGAACAAUUAAAAUCAGAAUUGGCACAAUUACAAAAGAAUGGUACAUUACCAAAACAAAAAAGUGUUAGUAAACGUCAUAGUAGUGCAUUGGCAUGGAAUAAUCAACCAAUUGAUAAUAAUGCAAGACCAGUUUCAGUUAUUGCUGUUUCAAAUGAUGAUGAAUCUAAUAUUGAUGAUAUUAAUGAUGAAUUAUUUAAAUUAUUAAGAGAUUCUCGUCAAUUACAUAGAGAAAUUGUUGAAGGUUUAUUAAAAGGUUUGAAGAUUCCACCAGCUGGUGUUGCAGCAGAUUUAACAAGAAAAGAAGUUUUAUUCCCAUCAAGAAUUAUAAUUAUAAUAUUAUCUGAUAUGUGGAGAUUAGGUUUAACUAAAGAAUCUGAAGAUUUUCUUGGUGAAGUAUUAUCAUCAAUUCAAAUUAUUGUUUCAUCAUUAAAAGAUGAUGAUGUUAUACCCCAUGGUGCAUUUUGGUUGUCAAAUACUCAUGAAUUAUAUUCAUUUGUUUCAUAUGCUCAACAUACAAUUUUACAGAAUGAUACUUUAUCUCAUGAAAUGAGCAAAGAAGAAUUUGAUGAAUAUUUAAAAUUAGUUGCUGUUGUUAAAGAAGAUUUUGAAUCAUUAUCAUACAAUAUUUAUAAUAUGUGGAUGAAAAAAAUGGAAAAAGAUCUAGAGAAAAAAGCAGUUUCAGCAGUUGUUUUAUCACAAUCAUUACCUGGUUUUAUGGCACCUGAAAAUUCACCAUUUUUAGCAAAAGUAUUUUCACAAGGUGUUCAAUAUAAAAUGGAUGAUAUUUUAAGUUUUUUCAACUCAGUUUAUUGGUCAAUGAAAUCAUAUUUUAUUGAAGUUGAAGUUAUAAAUGCAGUUAUAAUUGAAUUAUUAAGAUUUGUUGAUGCAUUAUGUUUUAAUGAUUUAAUAAUGAGAAGAAACUUUUUAUCAUGGAAAAGAGGUUUACAAUUAAAUUAUAAUGUUACAAGAUUAGAAGAAUGGUGUAAAGGUCAUGAUAUAGAAGAAGGUUCAGCAUAUUUAAAUCAUUUAUUACAAGCUGCAAAAUUAUUACAAUUACGUAAAAAUACUCCAGAAGAUAUAAGUAUUAUAUAUGAAAUUUGUUAUGCAUUAAAACCAAUUCAAAUUCAAAAAUUAAUUUCACAAUAUUAUGUUGCUGAUUAUGAAACUCCAAUUGCACCAAAUGUUUUACAAGUAGUUGCUGAUAGAGUUAAACAAAGUGAUUCUAAUAAUGCCGAUGAUUUAUUUGAAUUAGUACUGACUGAUGGUCAUUUUAAUGAUCCAUUUAGAAAUAUUGAUUUAAGACCUUUUUCAAGAGUUGAAGCUUAUGUACCUGCUUGGUUAAAUUUACCUGUAAUUAGAAGAAUUGUUGAAUUAGUUGCUAAAAAUGCAUCUGUUCAAGAAGAGUAG